UGAAAAGAUAAAGCAGGUCAGCACAUGUUAGAUUCUCAGUUUCAAGGACUUAUAGAUUGUCUAGAAGUAUGGCCAACCAAGUGAUAAUUCUAGGAGCGCUGCUGGCAGCAACAGGAGUCUUCGUUUCCCUGUCACUGCACAAGAUAGAUGAAGGACACGUUGGAGUGUAUUAUCGUGGUGGUGCUCUGUUGGACGGGACCAGCGGCCCAGGGUUCCAUCUCAUGUUUCCCUUCCUAACUACCUUCCAGAGAGUACAGACGACCCUCCAAACUGAUGAGGUGAAGAACGUCCCAUGUGGUACCAGUGGUGGAGUGAUGAUCUAUUUUGAUAGAGUGGAGGUGGUCAACAUAUUAGACCCAACUAAAGUACAUGAUAUUGUGAAGAGGUACACGGCCGACUACGACAAGGCACUGAUCUUCAACAAGGUCCAUCACGAGCUCAACCAGUUCUGCAGCUCUCACUCCCUUCAAGAGGUCUACAUCCAGCUGUUUGACAGGAUUGACGAGAACCUGAAGAGCGCUCUACAGCAAGACCUCACGUCCAUGGCCCCAGGGCUAUUGGUUCAAGCUGUCAGGGUCACAAAACCAAAGAUCCCCGAGUCUAUCAGAAAGAACUAUGAGCUCAUGGAGGCUGAAAAGACAAAACUGAUGAUAGUGGUACAGAAACAGAAGGUGAUUGAGAAGGAGGCAGAGACUGAGAGAAAGAAAGCUGUCAUCGAGGCUGAACAAGUUGCCGAGGUGACCAAGAUUCAGUACGACCGUAAGAUCAUGGAGAAAGAGAAGCAGAGGAGGAUGUCUGAGAUUGAGGAUGAGGCCAGUCUGGCACGAGGAAAGGCUCAAGCUGAUGCUGAAUACUAUUUGACUGAGAAACAGACUGAAGCAAAUAGGCUCAAAUUGACUCCUGAAUACUUGGAGCUGGAGAGAAUUCGCUCUCUGACCAAGAACACUAAACUCUAUUUUGGGAACAAUAUUCCCAAUCUAUUUCUGAGAGAGGGGCCGCCAGACCCAGUGGAGGUUGUAGCUACUCAGACAGAAGCUGCUCAGACUUAAUAGCUUAUACAACACCUUGUAGUGUAGCUUGUUGUGUUUAACCCCUGUAAUCUGUGCCUGCUUUUCUAUUCUAAUUGUAGUUUUAUAAUCGUGUUCUUGAUUAUUAAAAACUUAUGACAACUGUUUUCAAUCAA